CACUUUCCCCAUUCAACCUCCAACCUCCAAGCUGCUGCUUCUUCUUCUUCUUCUUCUUUGUUCAUUCUUUGGCUUCAACUCCUUCCAUUACUAAGAACUUGGUGUUAAGAAAGGGCAAAAUAGCAGUGAGAAGGUAGAGAAAAGGAAAUGGCAUCUUCAGUUCUGAGAUCAACCUUCCUUCCUUUGGUCCAAGCUCAAGAUGGCCAGUCUUAUGCAAGCUUCCCUCCUAAACCCACCUCCACCACCUUCCUCUCCAAGAAGAAAAACAGGGGAGCAGUGGUAGCUGCCGCAAUGGAAAGUGACGAGGACAAGUUGACAAUGGUGGAAAAGUACAAUGAAACGAAAGAGAGAAGAAUGCUGGAUUUCUCCGGCAAAAAGCCCGCCACUCCGAUUCUCGACACCAUCAAUUACCCUAACCACAUGAAGAAUCUCUCCAUCCAGGAGCUGGAGAGCUUAGCUGAUGAGCUGAGGGAAGAAAUCGUCUACACAGUUUCCAAAACCGGCGGCCAUUUGAGCUCGAGCUUGGGAGUUGCAGAGCUCACCGUUGCCCUCCACCAUGUUUUCAACACCCCUGAAGAUAAGAUCAUUUGGGACGUCGGCCACCAAACAUACCCACACAAAAUCCUCACCGGAAGAAGGUCGAGGAUGCCGUCGAUCCGGCAAACGUUUGGUCUCGCCGGGUUUCCGAAGAGGGACGAGAGCGACCACGAUGCUUUCGGCGUCGGACACAGCUCCACGAGCAUUUCAGCUGGAUUGGGUAUGGCCGUCGGCAGAGAUCUGCUCGGGAAGGACAACCAUGUGAUUUCGGUGAUUGGAGAUGGAGCCAUGACCGCCGGCCAAGCUUAUGAAGCCAUGAACAAUGCUGGGUACUUGGAUUCCAAUUUGAUCAUCAUUUUGAAUGACAACAAGCAGGUUUCUCUGCCCACGGCCACCGUCGACGGGCCGGCGCCGCCCGUCGGAGCUCUCAGCAAGGCUCUGACCCGGCUCCACUCCAGCAGGAAGCUUCGCAUGCUGAGGGAGUCUGCCAAGGAGAUCACGAAGCAGAUUGCUGGGCCGAAGACAUAUGGGCUGGCAGCGAAAGUGGAUUCCUACGUGAGAGGGAUGACAGGUGGGCCAGGGGCAAGCCUGUUCGAGGAGCUUGGGCUGUAUUACAUUGGCCCAGUUGAUGGGCAUGAUGUGGCAGAUCUUGUCCUCUUGUUGAAGAAGAUCAAGUCCAUGCCAGCUCCUGGACCUGUCCUCAUCCAUCUCAUCACUGAGAAGGGGAAAGGCUAUGCUCCAGCUGAAUCUGCUGCUGAUAAGAUGCAUGGUGUGGUGAAGUUUGAUACAAUCUCUGGGAAGCAAAUCAAGACCAAGACACCCACAAAGUCAUACACUCAGUACUUUGCUGAGUCCUUGAUAGCUGAAGCUGAGAAUGAUGACAAGAUUGUGGCAAUCCAUGCUGCCAUGGGAGGAGGGACAGGGCUCAACUUGUUCCAGAAGCAGUUCCCUGAGAGGUGUUUUGAUGUUGGGAUAGCUGAGCAGCAUGCUGUCACAUUUGCUGCUGGUUUGGCCACAGAAGGGCUGAAGCCUUUCUGCACCAUCUACUCAUCUUUCCUGCAAAGGGGUUAUGAUCAGGUUGUUCAUGAUGUGGAUCUUCAGAAGCUGCCUGUGAGGUUUGCAAUGGAUAGGGCUGGCCUUGUUGGAGCAGAUGGGCCAACACAUUGUGGAGCUUUUGACACAACUUUCAUGGCUUGUUUGCCAAACAUGGUGGUCAUGGCACCUUCAGAUGAGACAGAGCUCAUGAACAUGGUUGCCACAGCUGCAGCCAUCGACGAUCGUCCCAGUUGCUUUAGGUACCCAAGAGGGAAUGGCAUUGGCACUGUUCUCCCACCAAACAACAAAGGAACACCUCUUGAGGUAAAUCAGAUUGUUGGGAAGGGAAGAAUUCUGAGGGAAGGAAGUAGAGUGGCUAUAUUGGGGUAUGGAACAAUAGUGCAGAACUGCAUUGAAGCAGCAGACAAGCUUCAAGCUUUGGGGUUCCAGCCAACUGUGGCUGAUGCAAGGUUCUGCAAGCCACUUGAUGGAGAGCUGAUCAGAAGGCUGGCCCAGGAGCAUGAAGUUCUGAUCACAGUUGAGGAAGGUUCCAUUGGUGGGUUCAGCUCUCAUGUCUCCCAUUACUUGGGGCUCAAUGGAUUGCUUGAUGGCAAGCUCAAGUGGAGACCAAUGAUGCUUCCUGACAGGUACAUUGACCAUGGAUCUCAGAAGGACCAGAUUGAAGCUGCUGGAUUGAGCUCAAAGCACAUUGCAGCCACUGUUCUUUCUCUAAUUGGACACAAGGAAAGCCUUCACCUUAUGGAUUUAUAGAAAGUGGAUAGUAAAUAAAUUUGUCGAUUCUUUUCUUUAAGUUAUUUAGGGGAGGUAGAUAACAUCUAAGUGCAUCACUAUGUAUUAUAUUAGGGGGAAAAGUAAAGAGGGUAUUAUGAAAAUUAUUAGUAGCUCCCUCCCUCCCUUGUACUUUCAUUAAAUUUAAUCAAUGAUACAAAUGUUAUGAAUUAUGAUCCAAGUAAAAUAUGUAGGGCUAGACAUGGUCCGAUUCGGUCCAAAUUGAACUACAACGAUGAUGAAUCGUACUAGACCAUUUUCAAAAAUAUACUUCAUCUUAUUGGACUCGAUCCAAAUGUGAACUUAAUAUGAUUCAGUCUGAUGCGGAUUAGAUCGAGGUUUGUCCCUAGGUCAAUGUAUGUAUGCAUAAGUUAGAAGAAAACUACAAAAAUUUUCUGAAAGCUGAAU